UCGGUGAUACAAGACAAGGUUGCUUGCUUUGAAGAUUUUCGUUGUUCAGUUUCAGUGUCUUCCCAAGAAUUUCAGCUCCGUAUUUUCCAAUUUAGGGUUUAAGUUUAUUGGGGACUUGCAAUGGCGCCCGAUCCAAACCGUACUGCCGGCGGUGCCAGUGGGAGUGGUACCACCAAAGAAGGCAAAGAUGAGGCCUUGGCGAAGAAGAAGGUCGAAAACGAAGAUCUGUCGGACGAGGAUUUAGCGUUAAAGCAACAGCUGGAAUUGUAUGUGGAGAGGGUUCAGGAUCCAGACCCCGGCUUGCAAAAGGUCGCUCUGGAGAGUAUGAGACAGGAAAUUCGCACGUCAACAAGCUCCAUGACGUCUGUUCCGAAGCCACUAAAGUUUCUGCGCCCCCAUUAUGGAACUCUGAAAGCAUAUUAUGAGACUAUGGCAGAAUCCGAUUUGAAGAAGUACUUGGCUGACAUAUUAUCAGUUUUGGCUUUGACAAUGUCCGCUGAGGGAGAGCGGGAAAGCCUGAAGUACAGAUUGUUGGGUUCAGAUGGUGAUAUUGGCUCAUGGGGCCAUGAGUAUGUAAGAAAUUUGGCGGGCGAAAUUGCUCAGGAGUAUGCUAAACGACAGAGUGAAGAGGCCCCUAUUGAUGAUCUUAUGGAGCUUGUGCAACAAAUAGUUGCUUUCCACAUGAAGCACAAUGCAGAACCUGAGGCCGUUGAUCUCUUGAUGGAGGUUGAAGACCUUGAUAUGUUGAUUGAACAUGUUGACAAGACAAAUUUCAAGCGGACUUGCUUGUAUCUGACUAGUUCAGCAAGAUACCUUCCUGGGCCAGAUGAUAUGUUAGUGUUGGACAUCGCAUAUAUGAUCUAUCUAAAAUUUGAAGAAUAUCCAAAUGCACUUCAGAUUGCAUUGUAUCUGGAUAACCUGCAGUAUGUGAGGCAGGUUUUUACUUCUUGUGACGAUCUUCUGCGGAAGAAGCAGUUUUGUUACAUACUUGCUCGACAUGGAAUUACUUUUGAGCUAGAUGAAGAGAUAGUUGCUGAUGACGAUGACAGGGAGUUGUUGCAGGAUAUCAUCAACAACUCUAAGUUAAGUGAAGGAUAUUUGUCCCUUGCUCGUGAUAUUGAAGUGAUGGAGCCUAAAUCCCCUGAAGAUAUAUACAAGGCACACUUGCUUGAUGGUCGGGCUAGUGCUGGUGCUAGUGUUGAUUCAGCUAGACAGAACCUGGCUGCUACUUUUGUGAAUGCUUUUGUAAAUGCUGGCUUUGGUCAGGAUAAGUUGAUGACUGUUGCAUCUGACUCCUCAAGUGGUGGCUCUUCUGGGAAUUGGCUUUUCAAAAAUAAGGAACAUGGGAAGACUAGUGCCGCAGCAAGUCUGGGUAUGAUUUUACUCUGGGACGUUGACUCUGGACUUGCUCAAAUUGACAAGUACUUCCAUAGUAAUGAUACACAUGUCAUUGCUGGUGCUUUAUUGGGAGUUGGUAUUGUAAAUUGUAGCAUCAAGAAUGAUUGUGAUCCUGCGAUGGCACUUUUAGGUGAUUACACAGACAAAGAAGAUUCAUCAAUUAGGAUUGGUGCAAUUAUGGGGUUGGGAAUUGCCUAUGCAGGUUCUCAGAAUGAGCAGUUACGCUACAAAUUGGCACCUAUACUGAAUGAUGCUAAAGCUUCACUUGAUGUGGUUGCUUUUACUGCAAUUUCAUUGGGCUUGAUCUAUGUGGGUUCUUGCAACGAAGAAGUUGCGCAAGCAAUUAUAUUUGCAUUAAUGGACCGCAGUGAGGCAGAGCUGGGAGAGCCCCUCACACGGCUUUUGCCUCUUGGCCUUGGCCUUCUUUACCUUGGGAAGCAGGUACUGAGAUGAAACAGUGUGGAGGCAACAGCAGAAGUUUCAAAGACCUUUCAUGAAAAAAUCAGAAAAUAUUGUGACAUGACACUAUUAUCAUGUGCCUACGCUGGAACUGGGAAUGUCCUCAAGGUGCAAAACCUUUUGGGUCAUUGUUCGCAACAUCUUGAUAAAGGUGAAAUGCACCAAGGUCCUGCUGUGAUUGGAAUUGCUAUGGUUGCAAUGGCUGAAGAGUUGGGUCUUGAGAUGGCAAUUCGAUCAUUAGAACAUCUUCUACAAUAUGGAGAGCAGAAUAUCCGCCGCGCAGUACCUUUGGCACUUGGUCUACUGUGUAUAUCAAACCCAAAGGUCACUGUGAUGGAUACCUUAAGCCGGCUGAGCCAUGACACUGAUUCAGAAGUAGCAAUGGCAGCAGUUAUCUCCCUGGGUCUAAUAGGUGCAGGGACCAACAAUGCACGAAUUGCUGGCAUGCUUCGCAAUCUUUCAAGCUAUUACUACAAGGACACAAGCCUUCUAUUUUGUGUCCGAAUUGCCCAAGGUCUUGUGCAUUUGGGGAAGGGCUUAUUAACACUUAAUCCAUAUCAUUCUGAUCGCUUCUUACUAUCACCGACUGCUCUUGCUGGACUAGUUACCAUGUUGCAUGCAUGCCUUGACAUGAAAGCCAUUGUCUUGGGAAAAUAUCACUAUGUUCUGUACUUCCUCGUUUUGGCCAUGCAGCCAAGGAUGUUGUUGACUGUGGAUGAAAGCUUGAAACCUCUGUCUGUGCCUGUUCGCGUGGGUCAAGCUGUAGAUGUUGUAGGGCAAGCAGGUCGUCCUAAGACAAUCACGGGUUUUCAGACACACUCCACCCCUGUACUCCUUGCUGCUGGUGAUAGGGCAGAGUUGGCCACGGAAAAAUAUAUUCCACUAUCGCCCAUUCUUGAAGGUUUUGUUAUUUUGAAGGAGAAUCCAGAGUACAGGGAAGACUAAAAGAACCACGAAAUGCGGCCUCUUCCCUCUCCCCCCGUCUCUCUCUUAAUGUUAAGCAUUUGAUUAGUAUUUUUUUGAAAGAAAAAUUGGCAUAAACAUGUUAUAAGAAAGUAUUUAAAUUAAUAGCUUGCCCCCCAUUUUGAAUGAAGCAAUUUAGUGUGCUUUGAGGUCAAUAACGUUCCAUGACAAUUGAAUUCCUGAGAAUUCAAUAUCAGCAUUAGUUGUUUGACAUCGCAUACC